AAGGAACUCGUGGAGACCACGUCCCACUAACGAAUUUUCAUCAAAAUACCCAAAACGUGUCUCUUUCUUUGCCUUUCCCCCUCUAUUCUUUCACCCCUUAAACAACAGACACACACUAAACCAGUAACCUUUCAAGAAAUGGCAAUAACAAUGUUGAGCAGUGCUUCAUUUCACAGACUCACACCCUCCAUUUCAACUUCACUUCCACUUAUACCUUCCACUGUUUCAUCCUUAGCCAAAUGUAUACCCACAACCAGCAGGCACAAGUCUUCUUAUAUCACAACUUUUGCACUUAAAAAACCACUUCAACAACAAACAAUGGAAACGGUGGAGGAGACUGAUGAAACCGAAACCGUGUUGUACUCGGCCUCUCCUCUCCCUCUUCUCCUACUUGCAGCCCUUCCAGGAGCCGGGACGGUUAGAUCGCUGUUUGGGCCUUUUGUUGAGCUUGUUAAGUCAUGGGGUCUGCCUGACUGGCUUGUCCAUUGGGGUCAUCCUGGUAACAUGGCAGUCGUGCUCUUCGCCAUGGGUGGUUAUGGAACUUAUUUAGGUUUUCGGAUUCGGUUCUCUGAUGAUGUGGAGGAAAAGGCAAUGGCUAAAGAUUUGCAUCCUAAACUCCUUGCCGGAAUGUUCUUCUUCUUCGCUCUCGGAGCCACUGGUGGUGUGACCUCUCUACUUACUUCCGACAAGCCCAUCCUAGAAAGUCCUCAUGCUGUGACAGGGUUGAUCGGUCUAACGCUUUUAGCCAUACAAACAGCAUUGCCAACAUUAUUUGAGGGAAAUCCGGGGCUAAGGAAUGUUCAUGGGAUAUUAGGUAGUGGGAUUAUGACAUUGUUUCUAGUACAUGCGUAUCUUGGUCUUCAGCUCGGUUUGAGUUACUAAUCUGAUUAUGACGGUUUUGUCAUUCGUUUUAUCGAUGAAUAAUUGCAUAGCAGUUAGCCUUCUGGAGACAUUUAUAAGUUGUAUUCAUUUUUUUUGUCAAAAUUGAUGUGUUUAAAUUCACAGGUAAAGCUGUAAGUGUUUCUGAAGCUUUUUUUUUAGUUGGGAUUGAAACUCUUGAAAGAUGUCACUCUAAACAAAUUUAUAAGCUAAUUAGUUUUAGAAUUUAUAUAUUA